CUAAACUCAGCAGGAGAAAAGGAGGAACACCUUGCCACGAACUGAAUCCGAAUUGAAAUCGAGCUGAAGAAGGUCAACAGGCUCAUGAAUAUGUAAAUACAGCCUCGGAGCUUCGAUCGAAGAACAAAUUAAAUUAAAAACAAAAACAAAAAAACUUCACGGAAGAAACGAUAUAAAAUCAAAACAAUGUCAAGCUGUUCGGACGAGAAGAUAGAAACCAAAGCGCCGGUGCUGAUCGAGACCUUACCGGAGCUGGUCGAGGAUGAUAACCAGCUGAUCAAGAUCGGCAUCGCCGCCAUGGAUCGCAAGGCCAGAUCCAAGCCGAUGCGUAACAUUUUAUCCAGACUCGUGGCUACCAACAAAUUCGAAUGCAUCAUCUUUGGCGAUAAAGUGAUCCUGGAUGAAGACGUCGAAAAUUGGCCGGUUUGUGACUUUUUAAUCAGCUUCUUUUCGACUGGCUUUCCGAUGGAUAAAGCUAUACGAUACGUGAAUCUGAGGAACCCGAUCCCAAUAAAUGAUCUCCCCCUGCAAAAGCUUUUCUGGGAUCGUAGAUUAGUGCUAGCAAUCCUAGAUAAAAUAGAAGUCCCGACUCCCAAAAGAUGUGAAUUAAACCGCGAUGGAGGGCCGAAGGUAGAUAAGGAGGUGGCGAGUGAGAUCGAGCGUCGAUUCGGAUUGAAGCUCAAUGCCCCACGUCCGCCUCCUAAAUCGUUUCAAGUCCAAAACGACUCGGCUCUGCUGAUCGAUGGUAUCAGGAUGGAGAAACCGUUUGUUGAGAAACCCGUUAGUGGUGAAGACCAUAACAUCAAUAUCUACUUUGGCGGAGGUAAUGGUGGCCGGAAGUUGUUUCGCAAGAUUGCAAACCAGUCCUCAAUUCUUGAUCCUGAGCUAUCAGAUCCACGUACAGAGGGCUCAUUCAUAUACGAGCAAUUUAUGAAGACGGACAACUAUGAAGACAUCAAGAUAUACACCCUCGGCCCGGAUAUCGUGCAUGCGGAGACCCGCAAGUCGCCGGUAGUCGAUGGGAUUGUAAAGAGAAACUUGGACGGAAAAGAGAUUCGGUAUGUGGUCGAGUUGACCCCCGAGGAACGCGAGAUCGCUCGCAAGAUUAGCACGGCUUUUAGUCAAACCGUAUGCGGCUUUGAUAUCUUGAGAGUCAAGGGAAAGAGCUACGUUAUCGACGUUAAUGGGUGGAGCUUCGUCAAGGGAAACGAUAGCUAUUAUGAUAAAUGUGCUGACACGUUGGCCAAGUUUUGCUUGAAAGCAAUGCCCUCAUUGACGCUUCCAUCGCCCAACCCCCGUCAAGAUUCGAAACAGAAACCGACAGUCUCUUCUUGGAAACUUAAAGCUAUGAUCUGUGUUUUCCGCCAUGCCGAUCGGACCCCUAAAAAUAAGUUGAAGUUCAACUUUACUGCAGACGAGCCUGGUUCUCAGCCAUUUAUCAAGCUUUUACAGGGAAGAAAAGACGAGAUUAUUCUUCGUACCAGUGAUCAUUUACAGCUGAUUGCCAGUGCGACUGAUGAAGCGAUCACGAUUGACAACUCGGACCAAAGCAAGCUAGAACGACUCAAGCUGAUUCUUUCCUCCAAGAUGGGCAAGCAGGGACUCAAAGCUCAAUUGAAACCUAGCUUCAAAACCGAAGAUGGCUCCUUGGAGAAAAUCACCAUCGUCAUCAAGUGGGGCGGCGAAUUCACUCAUGCGGCUCGAUAUCAGUCUAGGGAUAUUGCUGAAAAUUUCGCGAAGGAUUUGAGAGUCAUGAGCAAAACUAUGUUGGACGACGUGACAAUAUUUACUUCAUCUGAGGGAAGAGUAGUUGCAACUGCUGAGAUAUUUAGCGCUGGUUUGCGGGAGGCUUGCAAGGCCCAUAGUAAAACGGAGCCUAAGACAAUCCCCCUGGUCACACGCAAGGAUCUUCUAGAUGACUCCAAUGCUGCCAAAGAGCCAAUGGAUCGGGUCAAAAAACGAUUGAAAGUGCUUCUGAGACAUAAUCAGGGAAUCGAAGUUGAUUGGCCGAUUGCAGACAAGGAGCCCUUCGAUGUCGUCCAAGAAGUGAUUGCGAUCUUAAAGGAACAGCGUGAUGUGAUGCACAUGAAUUGGGAAAAAAUAGAUGUUGAACAGAUUCAAUCACGUUGGUGCUGUGGCGAGUGUCCGGUUUUAUUCAAGGAGCGCUGGGACAAGCUAUUUAGCGACUGGUGCGAUGGUGCACUUGAUCCUUCAAGAGUUUGCGAAUUAUACGAUUCAUUGAAGUAUGACUCCCUACACAAUCGGACAUUCUUGGAAACGAUUUUUUCGAACUCUUCGACAUGGCCGUCCCCAGUAUGCAGCGAUGCAUCAUCUCCUCUGGCCAUGCCUGGUUCAGCACCAUCGAUGAUGUCUUCCGGCUCUUCAUUCUCUUCCCACCAACAUUUCAACCCGAUCGGUCUAAUCCGAAGUGGUGACUCAUCGCCUACGCCAAUUCCGACUUCGGCAGUCUCGCUUGCUCACCAUCACCAUCCUCGACAAGCUUCGCUCAAGUAUUCAAACCCGCAAAGUCCGGAUGGAACUAUCAAGGAUGAUGAUGCUGGUUGGUGCGAGACAGAAAGCUUGCAGCGCUUGAGGAAACUUUACAAAGAUGCAAAGUUACUUUUUGAUCUUAUUGCGCCCCAGGAAUAUGGAAUCGACCAAAGCGAGAAACGUGAAAUCGCUCUGUUGACAUCCUUACCUCUCUUGCAGAAAAUCGUGAACGAUUUGAAUGCAGCUAAAGAAAGUCAAGGAGGUCUUGCUAGAUUCUAUUUUACUAAAGAGUCACACAUGCACACCUUAGUCAAUUUAAUCAAGCUAUCCAAAUUGAAACUAGCUCAUCGAGACGUGAUGGAAUUAGAUUACAUGGUAAAUUCAACCGCAGAGAGAAAAGCCAGGAUGUUAACGGACUGCUAUCUAUGCUUCGAAGUUUACGAGCGAAUUUCAGAAGUAGAGAAAAGCGAACAUUCUGUGCGAAUUUCGCUGUCUGAAGGCGCCCAUGGAAUCCCACUGGACACUAGUCUGGAUGCCAAACACGCUUUGCAAGUGAUCCCACGAAAACAAUUGAUUCCUCAUAAAGACCUUGACGAAGUGAUCGCUAGCCUAGAAGAUUGGGGCGAGAAUCUGUUCGAACUGAAGAAGAGUACGACCCCGUAUGAUGGCUUCUUACCGCUCGAAGGCGAAGACAUCUUUUCCAAGGAAAGCCUCAAGCUCUCUCCACAACCUCAGACCAGCUCAUAAUCGACCCGGGCUCGACGAUCACAAAUAGAUUUCAAAUUCCUCACAUCCCUGUAUUCUGUAUUCGUUUUUCUAUCAUCUUCUCUUACCUCCCGCAGCACACCACUGAUCAUUAUUAUAAUCAUUUUCUAUUGGACCAAUCGUCCCUCGCAUCUAAUUCAACAAGUCACUCGAAUCCAUUUCAACAAUUCUUUGCGGAUUGUGUACAUACACAGAUAGAAGUCUACCCUAACCGGCACUCCGACUUAUUCUUUCUUCCUAAUAUAAUAAAUGUAUCUUCGUCUUUCUCCCGCGUUUACUUAUUCAUCUUUGUUGUUACAUAUUGUUUGUCAAACUGUUUGACGAUCAUGGGAAUUCGAUUCUGGCUACGUGCUCUGUCGUGACA